UAGUUGUAUCUUCUAUCCAGUUAGGUCAGGACUCAGAAGCAGUGUCAAUUAGGCUAUCUAGCGUGCUGUUGGCUAAACUAAACUUUCCUCUACACAACUGCCUCAGUCUCCACUCUCCUAUUAGUUGAGUUGACUAAGAUACCCAUCAGUCCAUCAGGUUUAGCCUAAUCUCUUGGCUUCAUACCCAUCAGAGGGACACUCAUCUCCUGCUCCUUCGCCAGAGUGAAGAUGUCUCUCCAGGCUCCUCUCCUACCUGCAGUGGUCCUGUCUCUGGUUCUGGUUGUGUUGGCUCUGACAGGGCUGUCCCAUGCCCAGCUCCAGCCCAAGGCUUCUGUCCUGGAUUUCUCAGCCAGCCUGGGUAACCUCCUCCCCAGCCUCAGCCGUCCGGCCAACUCCAGCCGGAUCUUCUACGGGGUAAUGUUUGACGCUGGCAGCACUGGGACACGCAUCCAUGUCUACACCUUCAUACAGAAAGACCCUGAGGAGUUACCAGUGUUGGAUAAUGAGAUGUUCCAUUCCAUCAAGCCUGGWCUGUCAGCAUACGCAGACAUGCCUGAAAUGGGUGGGUACACAGUGAGGCAGCUUCUGAAGGUGGCGAAGAAGACCYUCCCGCAGUUGGAUUGGAAGAGAACCCCACUGGUCCUGAAAGCUACAGCAGGACUCAGGCUGCUGCCCCCAGAGAAAGCCCAGGCUCUGCUGGAACAGGUGCAGGACGUGUUUGAUGAAUCUCCCUUCUUCAUCCCAGACGACAGCGUCAGCAUAAUGGAUGGUACAAAUGAAGGAAUUUUGGCGUGGGUUACUGUGAACUUUUUGACAGGUCACCUCUAUGCUGAGACCAGGAAGACAGUGGGGAUUCUGGAUCUGGGGGGUGGAUCGACUCAAAUCACUUUUCUACCCAAAUCCAAGAAAACCAUUGUAAGUUCUCCUGCUGACUACAUUGCCAGAUUUGACAUGUUCAACUCUACAUAUGACCUGUACACUCACAGCUACCUGGGUAAUGGACUGAUGGCAGCCAGACUGGCAGCCCUAGGAGCACUGGGGGCAGAAGGGUUGGAGUGGAGAGUGUUCAAAAGCUCCUGUCUGCCCAAGAAGUUCAGAGAGGAGUGGCGCUUUGGAGGACUCACCUACACAGUCAGCGGGAUACCUGAUGGUUAUGCGGGAUACAAGCUGUGUUACCAGGAGGUGUUGAAGGUAGUAAAGGGAAUAGUUCACCAGCCCUAUGAGUUGAAAGACACCAGUGUGUUCUACGCUUUCUCCUACUACUUUGACCGAGCCGUGGAUGCAGGCCUUAUUGAUGGGACCCAAGGAGGAAUGCUGGAGGUCAGAGACUUUAAGAAGGGAGCUAAAGAGGUGUGUAACAAGAUGUCUAAGUACCGUCCUGUCAGCCCCUUCUUGUGUAUGGACAUGACCUACAUCACCUGUCUGCUCAAAGAUGGCUUCGGCUURAAGGAGAACACUGUACUGCAGCUGACUAAGAAGGUGAACAACGUUGAGACAAGCUGGGCUUUAGGUGCCACGUUCAAACACUUCCAGAACCUAAAGAUCCACUGA